CACACCCAAUUCAAGUGAGAGAAACAAACGUCUGUGUUUUCUAGAGAGAGAGAGAGAGAGAGAGAAUGGGGGUGGAAGCGUCGGGACAAUGGUUGGAGAAGGCGUUAAUGGAGCUGUGCAAGAAGAUAGAGACUGGUAUCCAAUUGGACGAUGAGAUCAUAUCUGGCCUCGUUUCCUACUGUGAAAUGGCCCCUCCUCUCGACGCUAAAGAAUAUCUCGAUAAUAUCAUCGGUGAAGAAGCCGGAAAAAGCGUAACGGAAGAGUACUUAAAACGGAGAGGCCACUCAAACACCACCACCAACGACACUCCAUCUUCAUCAAGUUUCCACACCUAUGUUAAAAAGCCAAACGAAGGUCCGGUCAUGACAACUAGCAAGAAGCCACAAAGAGCAUCAAAAGAGUCACCAAAUCAAGAAAAUCGAAAUAAAAACAACGAGAAGAAACAAACGGAACCCAGAAAGAAAAAAUCUGGGAAAGUGAUUUCUCUUGCAGAGGCAGCAAAAGGGUCAAUCGUGUUUCAAAAGGGGAAGCCGUGUACUUGCCAAGCUCGUAGGCACAGAUUGAUAAGCAACUGUUUGUCUUGCGGUAAGAUAGUUUGUGAGCAAGAGGGAGAGGGGCCGUGCAGUUUCUGUGGGGCCCUCGUGCUCAAGGAAGGGAGCACGUACGCUGGUUUGGAUGAAGGCGUUGUGCUGGUGACAGACGCGGAUGUGGCGGCUGAAGCGUAUGCGAAGAGGCUCGUUGAUUAUGAUCGUAAUUCAGCUGCUCGUACGACUGUUAUUGAUGACCAGAGUGAUUACUAUGAGAUUGAAUCCAAUACAUGGCUUUCGGCUGAGGAGAAAGAACUUCUGAGAAAGAAGAGAGACGAGUUGGAAGAAGCAGAACGGGCCAAGCGAAGUAAAGUAGUUAUUUCAUUUGAUCUUCUUGGCCGCAAGGUGCUUUUGAAUGAAGAUGAAGCUUCUGAAGAAAUGCAAAACAGAAUAUUACUAAGACGACCUGAAGAAAGAGAAGAAGUUCGAAUUAAACCAAAUCCGAAUCUUAAAAUCCAGCCAAUAUUCAUCGACACAAGUACUAGAAAAAACGUAAAGGACAAAAGCUUAAAUAAAGGCUUAAGCAGUGGCUUGUGUUUGGAGAUAAGUGGCCGAGUACAGCACGGCACCAAAGAAGUAGAUAUUUUGUGAUGAAAUGCCGACUUUUGGAAUUUUGAUAUAGAUUGUAUGGGGAUUGGUAUAAAGAAAAUUUAACGAACAAUACAAAGAAAUCUCAUCUUUGUUUGGAUAUAUGAAUAUUUGUUACUGUUAUUGUACCAUCUUAUGAUAUAUUGUAUCAAAAAUUUAAAUACAUUUGUUACUCUUGUUGGGAUGUUUUCAACUUCAGGAAAUUCUAAUUGAACUCUUUUAGC